CGAAUAAAGUGAAACCAAACUGAUCAGUAGCAGAGGGUAUAUAAACAAGCUGUGCACUAGACCUUAGAAGCAUUUAGUGUUGGAGACACGAACAUGUUUAUAACAAAAAUAAAUUUGAGCAUUAUUUUGCUCUUGGCCAUAUCUAGUCAAUUGAUUAGUGGCCAGUUUAAUCCCAAUUAUGCAGCGGGCAGAAAUACCAUAGUGCACUUAUUCGAAUGGAAAUGGGAUGAUAUUGCCAAUGAGUGUGAAAAUUUCCUGGGACCCAAGGGUUUUGCUGGUGUACAAGUUUCUCCAGUCAAUGAAAAUGUCGUGGUGGCCAAUCGUCCUUGGUGGGAGCGUUAUCAACCCGUCUCUUAUCUCUUGGUUACACGUUCCGGCAAUGAAGCCCAAUUCGCCAGCAUGGUCAAGCGUUGUAACAACGUAGGUGUUCGUAUUUAUGUGGAUAUUGUUUUCAAUCAUAUGGCUGCCAGUCAUGGUUCAGUUGUGGGCACUGGAGGCUCUACUGCCGAUCCCAAUAGCAAGAGUUUCCCUGCUGUUCCUUUCUCGUCCACGGAUUUCCAUUCUACCUGCGGCAUUAACAACUACAAUGAUGUGAAUCAAGUGCGCAAUUGUGAAUUGGUCGGUUUAAAGGAUUUAGAUCAAAGCAAAUCUUGGGUUCAAGAUCGUGUUGUUGAAUUUAUGAAUAAAUUGAUAUCUUUGGGUGUGGCUGGUUUCCGUGUGGAUGCUGCCAAACAUAUGUGGCCUAAAGAUUUGAAGGUUAUCUACAGUCGUUUGAACAACUUGAACACAGCCCAUGGUUUUGCGGCCAACAGCCGACCCUUCCUUACCCAAGAAGUCAUAGAUAUGGGCGGUGAAGCCAUUUCCAAGUUUGAAUACACCGACUUGGGCACCGUCACCGAAUUCAGACAUUCCGAUUCGAUUGGCAAGGUAUUCCGUGGUAAAGAUCAACUACGUUGGUUGGUUAACUGGGGUACAGCUUGGGGUUUCAUGCCCUCCGAUCGUUCUUUGGUAUUCGUUGACAAUCACGACAAUCAACGUGGUCAUGGUGCUGGCGGUGCUGAUGUACUCACUUACAAAACAGCCAAACAAUAUAAAAUGGCUACCGCCUUCAUGUUGGCUCAUCCCUUUGGCAUUACGCGCAUCAUGUCCUCCUUUGCCUUUGACAACACCGAUCAGGGUCCACCCACCACCGAUGGCAACACUAUACGCUCGCCCACUUUCAAUGCCGACAACUCCUGCAGUGGCGGUUGGAUUUGUGAACAUCGUUGGCGUCAAAUCUACAAUAUGGUUGGUUUUAAGAAUGUCGUUGGUUCGGCAGCCAUUCAAAAUUGGUGGGAUAAUGGCAGCAAUCAAAUAGCUUUCUGUCGUGGCAAUAAGGGUUUCAUUGCUCUCAAUGGUGAUUCGUACGAUUUGAAUACUUCUCUGCAAACGUGUUUGCCAGCGGGUACUUAUUGUGAUGUGAUUUCGGGUUUGAAAUCUGGUUCGAAAUGUACUGGCAAAUCGGUAGUGGUUGGUUCUGAUGGUCGUGCUACGAUUACAAUUCGCACCUCGGAGGAAGAUGGUGUUUUGGCCAUACAUGCUGAUUCAAAAUUGUAAAUUUUGUAUUAAUUAAUAAGAGAUGAAUAAAAAGUGAUAAAUUUUAUAAAAAUUUAAACCAA